AUGAAGGAGAAACAAAACGAUAAAGAACUUGGCGAUAUUCUGGCACUUUUGAAAAGAAAAAGAAGAACAGUGCGAGGUAAUGUUACUCGAUUUAUUACGCAAUUAAAUUCUGAUCUUUCUGCAACCUCUGACACUUUAAAUGAAAAUGUCGAAUAUAUUAGUCAUCGUCUUUCGGAUUGCUUGUUAGAAAUGAAGAAAUUGGAUAACGACAUUCAUAGUUUAUUAACAGAUGGUGAUUAUGACAAUGAUAUUAUUCAAUGUGAAGAAUACGUGGAUAAUGCCGAGCUCGCUAUCUUUAAAACAAAGAAAUUUGAAGUAACUGUUUCUCAAAUACCUGUUACACAAGUACCCGUUAUGCAAUUACCCGUUUCUCAAUCUCACACAGUGAAACUUCCUACUAUUAAACUGGAUACUUUUCGAGGUGAUAUUGAACAAUGGCAGUGUUUCUGGGUACAAUUUAAAUCUUCUAUUGACGAUAAUAAUAGUCUAUCAUUAAUUGAUAAACAUGUGUUUUUGCGAGGAUAUUUGGAAGAUGAACCUAGACGCUUAGUCGACGGAAUCAGUGUUAGUGCCAGCACAUAUGAAACUACAAAAGCUCUUCUUCAAAAUCGAUAUGGCGACAAAAACAGAAUGAUUCAAGCCCAUUUAGACUUUUUGGAAAAUAUUUCGCCAAUACGUAAUCCCACUCCUAUUGCAUUGAAUAAAGUAUUUAUAGAAUGCAACAGAAGACUAAACGCUUUAACGGCUUUAGGAGAGGAUAUCAACGCUUACGGGCGCGUUUUAGCUCCAAAAAUUUUACGUGCCUUUCCAGAUGAUAUUUGUCGCCGAUGGAUUAUUUACGCAAAAAGAGAGAAAAUAUCUGAAGGUGAUAUGAAUAAACUAGUUCAAUAUUUAUCUGAAGAAGUAGAAGGUGCUCUAGCAACACUAAAAAUUCGAGGUGAGCAAAACUUUGAUUACACAUUUAAGACAUCUACAGCAGCCUUGCAUUUGAAUUCUAAAAAGGUUAACCAGACUAAAAAACCAUCUCCAUUUUGCGCCUUCUGUGAAAUUAACGGUCACUGGCCGCAAGAUUGCACGAUUAUAACUGAUAUCGAUACUCGAAUCCAAAAAUUAAAAACCUCUGGUAAAUGCUUCCUGUGUACUAAUCGUGGCCAUAGUAUAAAAAAUUGCCUUCGCAAAGAUAAAGCGUUCUGCAUAAGAUGCAAAAAGAAGCACCAUACUGCUCGAGUAUAUAUAACUGGCCCAACUGGUAUUACUAAGCUUACAAGAUGCAUUUUAGAUUGUGGUAGCCAAACCAGUUUCAUUCAUUCACAUCUUGUAGACUACCUAAAAUUAGAUGUUAUUAGCUCUGAUUCACUUGAAAUUCAUGCAUUCGAAUCAUCAUCAAAUCAGGCUCAAUCGAGACGAAAAGUAAGAUUUAAACUAUCAAGUAUUUGGAAUCAGUCAGAAAUUUAUCUACAUGCAUUUGAAAGUCCUAAUAGAUAUGCAGUUCAUCCAUCAGUUCCAUUAGAGAUUGCUUCUAUGGCUCACAAGAAAAAAUUUAAGCUUGCUGACCCGAAUGACACCAUUCAAGAGAUGCCUAUAGAAGUUUUGAUUGGUGCAGAUUUUUACUGGACGGUGGUGAAUUCUGAGAUUCCUUUCAGACUUUCGGAAACAAUUGUGCUCAUUCCAUCAAUCUUUGGCUGGAUUUUGUCUGGAUCCAGAUCUCAUACAUCUGUCGCUUCUUUAUCGUCAGUUCAUAAUAUCAGCAUCACAUCACCAUAUAUUUUGGAUGAUCAAGUUAGGAAAUUCUGGGACUUAGAUACUUUAGGUAUUAAAGCCAUGCAAGACAAAGAAAUGUCCAUUCGCAAUUCUGAAAUAUUGGAAGACUUUCGAAGCUCUUAUGAAGUCCUAGAAAAUCGUCGUGUUGUUAGAUUACCUUGGAAGAAAGACGUUACUCUUUCUUCAAAUAACUAUCACGUAGCAUCAAAACGCUUCAAUACAUUGUGCAAGAAGCUCCAAACAGAUCCUAGCUUAAAGGAAAUGUAUGUUACACUCAUGGAAGAUUACAUAGACAAAAGGCAAGUUGAAAUAGCACCGGAAAAUCAUGAUAAGGAAGAAAAAAGCUAUUACAUACCCCAUCAUGUAGUCAUUAAAGAGAAAAACGCAGAAAUUAAGGGACGAAUAGUGUUCGACGCCUCUUCUCACACACCAGGCCAUCCAUCAUUAAACGAUGUUCUAGAACAAGGUCCCAACUUACUUCCAGAAAUUUUAGCCACCUUAUUACGAUUUCGUCUUCACAAACAAGCAAUUAUUAGUGAUGGAAGUCAGGCUUUUUUACAAUUAACCUUGUGGGAAAAAGACAGAUGUGCUACUAAGUUUCUAUGGUUCAAAACUAGGAAAAAUGAUGAUGAACAUUUGCAGCUAGAGAAUGAAAUUGUGGUCUAUCAAUUUACACGUUUGCCCUUUGGAUUAACCAGCAGCCCAUUCCUUCUUUCAGCUACACUUGACGAAUUAUGCUGCAUGUACUCCAACAUUUAUCCCACAGCAGCUAAACAUCUAAAAGCAAAAUGGAGUACCAACUCCCAAGUUCUGAAAAACGAAUGGAAAAAAGAAAAAAUAAAGUUUAAAAGUAAGACUCAAGUCUUAGGUGUACAUUGGGAUACAGAAGAAGAUUCGUUUCAUCAAAAUAUUAAGGAGCAUGACCACGAUUUAUUUAAGGAACCGGUCACUAAACGCUUACUUCUGAAAAUAAUCUCAAAGAUUUUUGAUCCCUUGGGAAUUUUCUCACCAUCUACUGUUGUCGGAAAAAUUCUCUUUCAAGAUACAUGGCUAUGUGGUAUUGAAUGGGACGAACUUUUACCCCCAUCUAUCGCAUCAAGGUGGUCAAAAUGGAUUAUAGACUUACCACAUUUAAACGACAUUCGAAUCCCCAGAUGGAUUGGAAUAUCUUCUGCUGAUGUUACCAUUCAUGUAUUCUGCGAUGCUUCGGAACGUGCUUACGGAACUGUGUUAUAUGUACGAUUCACAGAAGAUACUAAAUUUCAUGUUCGAAUGGUUUGCAGUCGUAAUAGACUUUCUCCUCUGAAAAGAAUAACACUUCCCCGCUUAGAGCUGUUAGCCGCAUUAUUGGGUGCUCGAUUACUCCAUUAUUUUUGUACAGAAACUAAACUGGAUAGGAACACAGCGACACUUUGGAGUGACUCAACAGUUGCCUUAAAUUGGAUACAAGGUGAUCCAAAUCGUUGGAAAACCUUUGUCUGUAACCAAACGAAAGAAAUUCUCAAUUACACAAAUCCAACACAAUGGCGGUAUUGCCCUGGCAAUGAAAAUCCUGCCGACCACUUGUCUCGUGGUGUUGCACCAACAGAGCUUAAAUCAUUGGAUCUUUGGUGUCUAGGACCAACCUGGCUAACACAAUCAUCAGAGUUUUGGCCUUCAAAACAACUGAGUGACGCUAAUCCAGAUAUUUAUGCUGAACUACGUAAACCAGCUUCUCAAUCUUUAUUGAUAACUUCUUACCAACCUCUUAUUGAUAUAUCGCGCUUCAGUUCAUAUAUGAAACCUCUUAGAGUUACAGCAUGGAUAUUUCGUUUCUUGUAUAACUGUCGAUCCAAGCAACGCAUUUCUAUUGACCUCACAUGUAAUGAGCUUAACACAGCAAAAAACUAUUGGAUUCUCACAGUGCAAAAGCAAUGCUUUUCGGCAGAGCUUCACGCUUUACAAAAUAAUUCCCCUUUGCCAAAAUCUUCAAAAAUUAGCCGUUUCAACCCAUUUCUUCAAAAAAAUCUCAUACGAUUAGGAGGUAGAUUACAGUUCGCAUCGCUCAAAAAUGAGCAAAAACACCCUUUGCUUCUUGAUGGAUCUCAUCCUUUUGUACAUCUUUUCAUAUACUACACACAUGUGAAGCUUCAUUACUUAGAUGUUCAAAUAGUACUUUCAGACAUUCGUUCCAACUUCUGGAUAAUACGAGGACGUGAAGCCAUUAAACGAGUGCUCUACAAAUGUCUACCUUGUAAGCUCUCACAGGCAUCUAGAAGUCAACAAAUCGAAGCUCCUUUACCAAGGGACAGAAUUACACCUUGCCUUCCAUUUACUACUAUUGGCAUAGACUUCGCUGGCCCACUUUAUGUUCGUAACUUGUAA